UCAGCUGUUGUACAUAAAUGUUUAAAAAAAUAUAUACAAAGCCUUCUAGAUAAAAUAUUAUAAGAAUUACUUAUGUAUUCAAAUUAAAUUUUAAAGAGAUGUGUACAAAAUUUUAAAAUGGAUGUUAUCGAAUCAUCAACCCAAUCCAAUCCGCGAAAAAUUGAGGAUAUUAUAGAUAUUCAAAAAGCUUCCGGCAAUAUUAAUGCGAGGCAAGUACUAUUUCAGGUUUCAUCGGAAACAGAUAGCACAUCUUCAACUAGUGAACUGAAGAAUUUCGGGAGGAUAGGACAAACACACCGCGUGAAAAAAUCCAGAAGUAAAAUAAAGUCAUGCAAAAUCAGGUCAUGUGACAUAACGUCUUGGCCAAGUGAUUCAGAUGUAACUGUCUUAAGGAUGAGAUUAUGUUUGCGCAAGGGUGUAAAUGAAAGAGACGUAACAGGAGAUGGCAAACAUCAACCCAAUAGUUCUUCGAUGGUAAAUUUGGCCACUCUAAUGAUGCAGUCUCCACGACCGUCAAAGUGUAGUCUUUUCGAGGAACUGCUUUUACCAAUCACGUCGUGGGAGGGCUCUGAUUUAAAAUCAAAGGGAGGCAAAGUAGAAAAAGAAACUAUCGCAAGCCACAUACAGGUUGACAACGGUAAAAAAAUAAAUAACGCAAAAAAUGUAAAUUCAAGCCACAGUUAUGAUCAGGCUUUAGAUGUGAAAUCGAAACUCGCCAGAUUCUUCCGUUUCUAUUUCUGUUCCUGUUGCAAAUGUUUGUACAAUUUGGAAAAUAUGCAAAAGUAAUGUCACGGUGCAAAGUGAAAGAAAAAAGAGAAAUAUCUGCAUGAUUUUGUGAAUUCUUAAACGCCUGUUAAGUGUUAACAGAAUGAUGGCAAUGAGUGUGUGGCUAGCCAUUAAAUGUUACCUAUCUAAUUCAUCACUAAAUAACAACUCAAUAACCAGUUA